AUGGCUCUCUCGUGGCAUAUAGCGCCGGCCGCUCGCUCCGUCCCGAGUAAAGGAGAGGCUUCCAGAGUCCACUCCGUCCAGGCUUGUUGGUUGGCUUGGACCUUGGAGCUCGGCGAAAUCCGGAGCGUCUCGCGUGCGCGUUGGGGAGUGUCAGCAGCCAUGGCCGCCAGGAGGGUGCUCCUGCUCUGCGGGGACUACAUGGAGGACUACGAGGCCAUGGUCCCGUUCCAGGCGCUGCAGGCGUACGGGGUGUCCGUCCACGCCGCCUGCCCCGGCAAGAAGGCCGGCGACGCCUGCCCCACCGCCGUCCACAAGCCCGUCGGCCACCAGACAUAUGCAGAGUCGAAAGGUCACAACUUUGCACUUAAUGCUUCAUUCGAUGAGGUUGAUGCUGCUGGGUAUGAUGGAUUGGUGAUUCCUGGAGGCCGUGCACCAGAGUACCUUGCGAUGGAUGAAAAAGUGCUCGACUUAGUUAGGAAGUUCUCUGACGCUAAGAAGCCCAUUGCAUCAGUUUGCCAUGGCCAGCUGAUUCUGGCAGCAGCAGGAGUAGUCAGGGACCGUACAUGCACCGCGUAUCCUGCUGUUAAGCCAGUUUUGGUUGCUGCUGGGGCUAAGUGGGUAGAAGCUGAUACUAUGAAGAAAUGUGUCGUCGAUGGUAAUCUCGUCACUGCGGCGGCUUACGACGGUCACCCUGAAUUCAUCAGCCUGUUUGUGAAAGCACUUGGGGGCUCCGUCGCAGGCUCAGACAAAAAAAUAUUGUUCCUCUGCGGGGACUACAUGGAGGAUUACGAGGUCAUGGUCCCGUUCCAGGCCCUUCAAGCCCUUGGCUGCCAUGUCGAUGCGGUAUGCCCCGACAAGGGCCCCGGUGACAAGUGCCCAACCGCCAUCCAUGACUUUGAAGGGGACCAGACGUACAGCGAGAAGCCUGGUCACGAUUUCCCUUUGAACGCGUCGUUUGACGGCGUGGACGCUUCAAGCUACGACGCGCUUGUGAUCCCAGGUGGGCGUGCCCCCGAGUACCUUGCGCUGAACGAGAAGGUGCUCAGCUUGGCCAAGGGGUUCAUGGAUAAAGGAAAGCCGGUCGCGUCGAUCUGCCACGGGCAGCAGAUCCUGGCUGCUGCCGGGGUUCUUCAGGGCCGGAAGUGCACGGCGUACCCGGCGGUGAAGCUGAACGUGGUGCUGGGCGGGGGGACGUGGCUGGAGCCGGACCCGAUCCACCGGUGCUUCACGGACGGCAACCUGGUGACGGGCGCGGCGUGGCCGGCGCACCCGGAGUUCGUCGCGCAGCUCAUGGCCCUGCUCGGCAUCAAGGUAUCCUUCGCGUGA